AUAAACACUAAACUGAAGCGUGGUUUUCUUGUUGUUGCUAUCUUUUGUCAUCAACCGCUUCUUGUUUUACAUUCUAAGAGAACGUAAUUCUUAUUAAUAUCAGGACAGGAGAAUUGAGCACACAAGAUGCGUUGACGCUGCAAUUUAAAUCAAAAGCAAAAAUUUAUGUUUGAAACCUAUCACUUUACUUAGUAUUUGAUUUUUGUUAUUUAAGAAUGGAUUUAACAUUCGGAAAGACACUCGUCAUAUUAAUGGCUUUUUUUGGAAACUUUAUAUCGGCUCAAGAUCUCCCUGAUAGCACAGAAUAUCAAUAUGGAAGAGCUAUAAAAUGCAAAAGCGACGAAGGUGUAUUACAACGGUGCAUGCCUGUAUUUGAAAACAUUGCCUUUAAUAAGGAUAUAACAGCUAAUAAUACAUGUGGUCUAACUGAACCCAGCAAAUACUGUGUCCAAACUGGAACAUCAGGAGCUAAGAAAAUAUGCGAUGUUUGCGAUAAUAGAUAUCAAGGACAGAGACAUCCUGCCAACUUAAUGACAGAUAUAAAACUUGAUGAUCAACCCACAUGGUGGCAAUCUGAAACGCUGUUAGAGAACAAGUACGGUGUGCAUUUGAUUUUGGAUUUUAAAAAGAAGUACAAUGUGGCUUUCGUUAGGAUUCGAUUUCAUACAAUACGUCCUCAUUCUUUUGCAAUUUACAAGAAAACAACGUACGAUCCAAACGCCAGAUGGAUCCCUUAUCAGUUUUAUUCACGGACUUGCAACGAAACAUACGGGGUUCCAAAUCGUCAAACUUUAACGUUAGCCAAUCAAAAGAUAGCAUUGUGUACAGACAAAGCGAGCGGCAUGAUUCCAUUAAGUGGUGGUAAUGUAGCCUAUCUCACUCUUGAUCAUCGUCCUGGCAAAAAAGAAUUUGACAAAUAUCCCGCUUUACAAGAUUGGGUGACAGUCACUGCAUUAAAAUUUAGUUUGGAUAGAGUAAAUACAUUUGGUGAUGAAGUAUUUGGAGAUCCUAAAGUACUGAAGAGUUACUAUUUUGCUAUAUCAGAUAUCGCAGUAGGAGGUCGAUGUAAAUGCAAUGGUCAUGCUUCAGCCUGUACCAAAACUGACACCAGCUACCAUUGUAAGUGUGACCAUAACACAGCUGGUAAAGAUUGUGAAAAAUGUCUACCAUUAUAUAAUGACCAGCCAUGGUCUACAGCACUAGGUCGAGACCCAAAACCGUGUAAAAAAUGUGAGUGUAACGGUCUGGCAGAUGAAUGCGUGUUUGAUGAACAGUUAUAUAUCGAUUCCAACAAAGUCUCAGGUGGUCGUUGUAUCAACUGUCAAGAAAACACAGACGGCGUGCAUUGUGAAAGGUGCAAGGACUACCAUUACAGAGAGAACAGACGUGCAGCGUGCAAGCCUUGUAGUUGUGACAAAGAUGGCUCACAAUCUCUGAGUUGUAACAGUCAGGGACAGUGCGCUUGCAAACCAGGUGUUGAUGGAGAUAAAUGCAAUAGGUGUCGUGAAGGUUAUUAUGGUUUCUCUGCAGCAGGAUGCAGAGCUUGCAGAUGUAAUCCUGAAGGCAGCAAAGGUAUCAACUGUAAUGCAAUAGGACAAUGUGAAUGCAAGGAGAAUGUAGUUGGUUUAAGAUGUGACCAAUGUAAAGCUCAACACUUUGAUUUGAACGAAACGAAUCCAAAAGGAUGCAAGCAAUGUUUUUGCUAUGGUCAUGGGGUUUCGUGCACUGCUCUUGAAGGAAUUGGGUCAAGGUAUAUCAGAUCAUCUUUCGAAAGUGAUUUUGAAGGUUGGACUGUUGAGGACGAAUUUGGAAAUGAUCACUCAGCUUCGGCAUUGUUUUAUGAUAAAGAUAGCCAUUAUGUAUAUGUUAAACCUAGGAGAUUCCGGGAACUAUAUCUAGUAGCACCAAGAAGUUAUCUUGGAAACCGUUUAAGCAGUUACGCUAAGACUUUUAAAUUCCGUUAUGGGACAUAUUUACGUCAGGAGAAUGAGGUACCCCAAACGAGCAGGAAGGAUAUUAUUUUUGAGGGUGCUGGACUAACUGCAACCUACGAGCUUACUGAUCAAGGCAAUAUAUUGCCAGAAGGAAGAUUUGUCCCAUACAACUACAAGCUUAUUGAACCAGCAGGCAUGACCACUUUCAACUUUCAACGUUUAUUAUCUGAUUUAACUGCAAUUAAAAUUCGAAUGACCUACUUUCCUGGUUCGUUAAGAAGAAAAGUUCUUGAUGACGUUGCGUUGGAAUCGACUACAUAUAUUUCCAGAAAUUCCCCCGAACAAGUUAGUUGGAGUGAAAAAUGCGAGUGUGAGCGAGGUUAUACAGGUGAUCAAUGUGAGAAAUGUGAUUUUGGAUAUACCAGAGCAGCUGGUGAAUCUGGUCCUUAUAGACGGUGCGUACCGUGUGAAUGCAACAAUCAUGGCUCACAAUGUGACCCGGAGACGGGUGUUUGUGUAUGUAAGGAUAACACAACUGGAAGGAACUGCGAAGAAUGCUUAGAAGGUUUCUAUGGAAAUCCUACUAGAGGAAAACCAGAUGACUGUAAGCCAUGUCCAUGUAUCUUUGCAAAUAAAUGCAUCUUGAUUGGAUCACGUAUCACUUGUACUGAUUGUCCUAAAGGACACACUGGUGACCGGUGUGAAAAAUGCGAGGAUGGGUAUUUUGGCGAUCCAACUGGAAAAUUAGGAAAUGCUACUCGCUGCCAAAAGUGUGAUUGCAAUGGAAAUGUCAAUCCUGAAGCAAAAGGAAACUGUGAUGGUCUCACAGGUGGCUGCUUACAAUGUAUUCACAACACAACAAAUGGUCCAUCACAAAGUUGUGAAGAAUGUGCUAAAGGUUUUUAUGGAGAUGCUUUAGCAAAACCCAUAGCGAAUUGUUCAGCUUGCAAUUGCUUUGAAAAUGGUACCUUAACACCCCCAGGACACUCUUCAGGAGAUCAGAUACCUUGUGAUAAAAACGGAAAAUGCCAAUGUCGAGACAACGUUAUCGGACAAAGAUGUAACAAGUGUCCAGCUGGUCACUGGAAUGUAGCAUCAGGAAAAGGUUGUGAAAAGUGCAAUUGCAACCCAGACGGUUCAAUUGGCAAUGAUUGUGAUGUUAACACAGGGCAGUGUAAAUGCAAGCCUGGUGUAGCAGGCAGGACUUGCAAUCAAUGCGCUACUGGUCAUUACAAAUUCUCUCCAACCGGAUGCAGACCUUGCAAAUGUCAUCCAGAUGGCUCAAAACAUCAGAAUUGUACCAGUAAAGGAGUUUGCGAAUGUUUGCCAGGAGUACUUGGUAUAAAAUGCGAUCAAUGUCCGGAAAAUAAAUAUAACCUCUCAGUAGGGUGUAUUGCUUGUCCGAAAUGCUUUGAUCUGAUCCAAGUGGCUGUUAACGAAUUACGCGAAAAACUAUUAACAUUUAACUUUACCAAAGGAAAUUUUACGGAUAAAAAUCCAGGUAUAGAUGUUCGUGAUAAAAAUUUUGAAGCUGCAAUCAAGGCAUUAGAUAAAGAAAUACAAGAACUUCGCAAGAAAACGGAAGGUCUACUCAAAGGUGAUCAAGAGCUUUAUUCAUUCUUCCAGUCACUAUCGCAGCAAUUCAAUAGACUUUUCGAAAGGUUCGAUGAUCUUAAAAAUAUGGUGGAGAAAUCUAAAGGCGCAUCAAAAACUGGUCAAGCAGAAAUUCAAAAGGCUGAAGAGGUUAUUGAUUUAAUCAAGUCGUUAUUAAAAGACGCAGAGGAUAGAUUGAAAAGAGAAGGCUUUGAAAUAUAUAAAAAUGCAAUAUCAAGUGCUGAUGACUUGAGUGACGCAGCUAAGAGAAUGAGAGAAAUUGCUGAAGAGGCACGAAAGCUAGCUGAAAAGCACGAAAAAGAUGCUGCAGAUAUUAAAAUGACGACCGAUAUGGCUUACAACACGUCCGUUGAUGCUCAUAAAACUGCUACAGAAGCGCGGAUAAAGGAAGAGACAAUAAACAAAGAUUUACAAGACAUGGUUAAAGAUGGUGAUGAAGCCAGUCUUUUGGCAAAGGAAUCGAGAAUAUUGAUCAAACAAGCUGAAAAUACUUCCACAACAGCCUUAAAGGAAGCUGAAGAAUUAAUAGAGGAAGCUAGAAAACCAUUGCCUGACUUUGGUAUCAAUGCUACGAAAGCAAAAGCCGACAAUAUAACCAAUAGUGCUCAAAAUAUCCAUACUUCAUCUGAGAAGUUAAUUACCGACAACGAACCAGUGGUAGUGCAACUGAAGAAAGAUGAUAUUGAAGGUAGAAAAUUGAUCGCUGAAGGUAGAAAGCUUCAAGAGAAGGCAAACAAUAUGUAUAUUAUUGCAAAGAAUGCCAGCGAUAAUGCCAAAGCUGCACAGGAAGAUGGCUCAAAAGUUGCAACUGAAGCAAAGGAAAUGUUGGAAACUUUACAAGGUUUUAAUGAUAUCAUCAAAAGAUCAAAAAAAAACGCUACCAAAGCAUUGGAAUUAGUUGACCUUAUUAAAAAAUUGAUCAAAGAAGCAAAUGAUACCGCAUUAACAGCAUCUGCAAACGCUGGUAUGGCGGAAGGAGAUGCGAAUAUGUCUCUAGACAUUGCUCAAAAAGCUAAUGCAACGACUCAUGCUGCCAAAAAGGAAAUUGAUGAUAUAAUGCAGGAGGCUCUCAAGCUUUUGAAUGAAACUAUGAGUUUCAUCAUGAAUGAGCUUCAGGACACAAAGAACGCUGUGAACACGACUGAUAUUGCACUGGAUGGCUAUAAAAUGCAAGCUGAAAAUGAUGCAAAGUCGGUGGAUAGUGCUUACAAUGAAUCUGUUCUUGCUGGUAACGCAGCUGCAAAGGCGAAGAACGAUUUGCAAAAGUCGUUGCAAGAUGUGGAAGAGCUGAUGGUAAGUAUUGAUGGGCUUGAUCAAAUUGACUAUGCAACUUUGGAAGAUGCUGAAAAAAGGUUUCAGAUUGCCAAAGAUAUCAUCGAAGAUAACAUAACGGCUGAGAUUGAAAUCUUGGAAAGGAAAGUUCUCGAACAGGAAAAUACGAUAAAACAGUAUGAAUUGGAUUUAACACCUUUAGAAAAUCAAAUCGCUGAAAGAGAAAAGAUUACUUCUGCAUUGCCAACCUAUCAGUGUUUCAGACAAAAAACUAGGUUAGAGAAGACAGAUGAAUAGGUCGCAACAACAUUGUGUAGUAUUUUUAUUAUCUAUUUAUUGUGGAUCUGCAAUCCAAGAACUUAAAAGUAAAGGAAACAAUUUAAACAAUUUAUCAACAAUUAGAUAUUAGAACACCAUCAGACACUGGCAAAUCCUAACAACAUAUUUUUUCCAUGAUUUUCACGGUUUUUUGUUUGUUUGUUUUUGUGUUGUUAGUGUUUCUACGAGAUGUGUUUAAAAAAGUCCUAACAAUCUUGUCUUUUGUGGUCUAGUUAAAAUUGGAAACCGCAUUUGUUAGCAAAAAAAUAUUUGAAGUUUAAAGGUUGUUAGUGUAGUAUUUAAAACUAAUGUUGUCUUGUAUAAUGUGUAAUAUUUUAACUUUUAAAAUGAUUUUGGCUAAACCCAACAAAUUUUUUAUUUACAAAAAUUAUUGAUUUAGCUAUAUUUUUACCAGAAGGACUCCUUUCAUUCACGUAUUUAUCCAUCGCAAAAAAAUAAAGUAAUUACCUUACAGAAUAUAUUUUUUGUAAAUUGUUGUUGACCGAAAUAAAUUUUUCGUCAAAAUCCAUCUGAUUUACAAGUUGCUAUGAAAGUAGAUUUGGUAUACAGACCAAUACAUGACGAUUUUAAUAUAUAAUUAUAUCAACAACUACUUUUACCAAUAAGUAACUCCUUUUGUACGUUAUAUGUAACAUUUACAUCGUGUUAAACAUAUCCAGAUAUGUUAUUCUUAUUGAAAAAAACGUGCCACAAGGCACUUCAGUAGGAUAGAAGAGCCGUAGCGACCUAAGGAUCCGAGGGACACGCCCUAUUUGAAAAAUUCAUUUCGAUCAUGGUUAGGAUGCGUUUUUACCCAAUCUAGGAGGUUAAAAUCACAAAACCUCCUUAAGCUCCACAAAAAAGGGUGUCAGCUACGGCCCUGGGAUAUGAUGGCAUAUCUUCGUUUCAUAAAGUUAUACUUAUUUUAUGAAAUAAUAUUUUGUUUUUAUUUAUAGGACUAUGGUAUCUAAUAAAUUUAAAUGUCUUUCGGUUUGUAAGAUACUGUUGUUAUAAAGAGUUUAGACAACUUA